AGAUGCAGACACGCAUGAAUCUCCUCCUGCUGCACGCCCUGCCACUGCUGCUGUGGGGUGGCCUGGCUGCCGAGCCCGUGGGGCGCGCCGGCCGGGAGCUGCGCCAGGAGGCGGAGGCCUUCCUGGAGAAGUAUGGAUACCUAGAUGGACAAGUCUCCAAAGCUCCCACCUCUACACAAUUCAGCAAUGCCAUCAGAGAGUUCCAGUGGCUGUCCCAGCUGCCGGUCAGUGGUGUGCUGGACCGGGCCACCCUGCACCAGAUGAUGCGUCCCCGCUGUGGGGUCGCAGACACUGACAGUCAGGCCUCCUGGGCUGAGAGGAUCGGUGCCCUGUUUGCUGGACGUGCAGCCAAAAUGAGACGUAAGAAACGCUUUGCAAGGCAAGGCAAUAGGUGGUACAAGCAGCACCUCUCCUACCGCCUGGUGAACUGGCCUGAACGCCUGCCCGAGUCCGCAGUGCGGGGUGCUGUGCAUGCUGCCUUCCAGCUGUGGAGCAACGUCUCAGCCCUGGAGUUCUGGGAGGCUCCAGCCACAGUCCCUGCCGACAUCCGCCUUACCUUCUUCCAAGGGGACCACAACGACGGGCUGGGCAAUGCCUUCGACGGCCCAGGGGGAGCUCUGGCGCAUGCCUUCCUGCCCCGCAGGGGUGAGGCGCACUUCGACCAGGACGAGCGCUGGUCCCUGAGCCGCCGCGGGCGCAACCUGUUCGUGGUGCUGGCGCACGAGAUCGGCCACACGCUGGGCCUUACCCACUCGCCCGCGCCGCGCGCCCUCAUGGCGCCUUACUACAAGAGGCUGGGCCGUGACGCGCUGCUCAGCUGGGACGACGUGCUGGCCGUGCAGCGGCUCUAUGGGAAGCCCCUGGGGCGCUCCGUGGCCGCCCAGCUCCCCGGGAAACUGUUCACAGACUUUGAAGCCUGGGACCCCCAUGGCCCCCAGGACAGGCGAUCUGAAACCCAGAGUCCCAAGUACUGCCACUCUCCCUUCGAUGCCAUCACUGUCGACGGGCAGCAGCAGCUGUACGUUUUUAAAGGGGGCUACUUCUGGGAGGUGACAGCGGAUGGAAACGUUUCAGAGCCGCGUCCACUUCAGGACAGGUGGACUGGGCUGCCCCCCAACAUUGAGGCGGCCGCAGUGUCGCUGGAGGAUGGAGACUUCUACUUCUUCAAAGGCAGUCGGUGCUGGAGAUUCCGGGGCCCUGAGCCAGUGUGGGGUUCACCGCAGCUGUGCCGAGCAGGGGGUCUGCCCCGCCACCCCGACGCUGCCCUCUUCUUCCCACCUCUGCGUCGCCUGGUCCUCUUCAAGGGUACCCGCUACUACGUGCUGGCCCCAGGGCAACCGCGCGCGGAGCCCUACUACCCGCGAAGCUUGCGGGACUGGGGCGGUGUCCCCAAGGAGAUCAGCGGCGCCCUGCCGAGGCCCGAUGGUUCCAUUCUCUUCUUCAGAGACGAUCGCUACUGGAGCCUGGACCAGGCCAGACUGCGGGUCACCACCUCAGGCCGCUGGGCCACGGAGCUGCCCUGGAUGGGGUGUUGGCAUGCCAACUCGGGGGGCACCCUGUUCUGAAGGCACAGGAACUCCUGGACCCCUCAGGGCCCAGUCAUUUCUCC